AUGUUGGACAGUGGUUCCCAAGUUUCCUUUGUGUCCGAAGCCCUCGCCAACCGUUUGACGAUUUCUCGUGAAUCGGUGAACGUGCCCAUUACCGGAAUAGGAGGUGCCAGGAUUUAUGCAAGGGAGAAGCUGAACGUGAAUAUCCAGUCCAGGUGUUCCAACUUCUCCACCGACUUGGAAUGCCUUAUAGUACCGAAAGUGACCAGUAUCAUCCCUGCCAAAAAGGUUGAUAUUUCGUCGUGGUCAAUUUCUGCCGGAGUGCAACUGGCAGAUACUACCUUCCAUGUACCUGAAAAAAUCGACAUGUUAAUCGGUGCUUCGAAGUUCUUCUCAUUGUUAAAGUCUGGUCAAAUUCAUCUAGCUGAUGGACUUCCUGAGCUGCACGAGAACCACAUGGGUUUGGUUGUUUCGGGCGAAAUAAACACCGAAGUCGCCAACGCAGUAGUGGCUAAUCCUGCCUCGCUUGAUACUCUUAGUGAAACGAUAAACCGUUUCUGGAAAGUUGAAGAUAUUUCGCCAUCCGUUAAGAAGGAAACCGAAACAGAUGUAUGCGAGGAGAUCUUUCGUUCCACCCACAGUCGGACGUCAACUGGAAGGUACAUGGUAAUGCUUCCAUUCCGAGAGGACGUUUCUAUGCUUCAGGACAACCGAUCCGUUGCUCUUCGUCGUUUCCUGAUGCUCGAGCGGCGAUUCAAGAGAGAUCCCACUUUAAAAAAGUUAUAUUCUGAAUUUAUCGAUGAGUACGAGGCAUUGGGUCAUUGCCGCGAAAUCAAUAAGGCAGACGAUGAUCCUACCCAGGGACGUUCAACCAGUUCAACGACGCCGAUUAGGGUAGUGUACAAUGCCUCUGCCAAGCCAAGUUCAUCUGCCAAGUCCCUAAACGAGGUACCUCACGUCGGAGGUGUUGUCCAGAGUGAUUUGUUCACCAUUCUUCUUCGUUUUCGCAUACACGCCGUUGUAUUAACCGCUGAUAUAGCUAAAAUGUAUCGGCAGAUACGAGUUGCUUUGUGUCACACACCAUUUCAACGAAUUUUCUGUUUACAAGGGGAGUUCAAAUCGUCCGGAAGUGUUAACUCAAAUUCCGGAAGAGAAUCGAGAUGGUACAACUAA